UUGCAGUUCUCCAUUGUGGCCAGCAGGGGGAGUGUCAUCUUUCAUCUUUCACUGCUGCUGCUUUUCAGGAGCGUCUGAUCUCCAUUCGCCUUCUCACAGUUUAGCGUCUUAAAGCGCCCGGAUGCCGCGGAGCUGAUCGUUUAAUAUAAAUUUGUAUCUUCAAACAAACUAACCGGCCUUCGACGAGUUUCGACGGAGAACCGUGAUGAAAUUCUCCCUUCGUCACACAGGCGGGCGGACCGAAGCUCCGCUGGAACACCUUUAGUGUAUGUGUGUAAAUAUAUAUAAAUAUAUAUGUGGAUCCAGCCGAACUCAGACCGGAUCAUGAACGCGCCGCUGUGUCGCGUGCCGUGCUGAAGUGGUGGGCCUCGCGCGCUGUCUCUCGAGCUGAAAACGGCGCGAGUCUCGCGCUGCUGCUGCUGCUGGUGCUGCUGUUGUUAGCCUGAGCACUGCUAACGGGCCUAAAAAAGCCCAGUCUGAUCUCUACAGUCCGAUCUAAACAGCUGUCCGAGCUUUAAUAAGAUCCUCCAGCGGAGUGAAGCGGAGAGGGGAGGAUGGCCAGCCGUCUGAGCGCUGAGGAGGAGCAGGCCACUAAGCAGUUUUUGGAAGAGAUCAACAAAUGGACGUCCCAACAUGGUGUCUCACCAUUGUCCUGGGAUGUAGCUGUGAAGUUUCUAAUGGCCCGCAAGUUUGAUGUUCUCCGAGCAAUCGAACUUUUCCACAGCUACAGGGAGACUCGACUGAGGGAGGGCAUCGUCAAACUGCAGCCGCACGAGGAGCCGUUGCGCUCUGAGCUGUUGAGUGGGAAGUUCACCGUGUUGGGUGUCCGGGACCCAACUGGAGCAUCCAUCGCCCUCUACACCGCUAAACUGCACCAUCCCAGCAAAACAGGAAACCAUGUGGUUCUUCAGGCGCUGUUCUAUCUCCUGGACCGAGCUGUGGAGAGCUUUGAGACUCAGAGAAAUGGACUGGUCUUCAUUUAUGACAUGGCUGGAUCCAACUACACUAACUUUGAACUGGACCUGAGCAAAAAGAUCCUCAAUUUGCUCAAGGGUGCGUUCCCAGCACGGCUGAAGAAAGUGCUCAUCGUUGGAGCUCCUGUGUGGUUCAGGGUCCCGUAUAACUUACUGAGCCUGUUACUGAAGGAGAAGCUCAGAGAACGGGUUCAGAUGGUAAAGAUGGCCGACCUGCGACAGCAUCUGCCCAGAGACUGUUUACCUGAGCACCUGGGCGGCUGUUUGCCUCUGGACGUGCACAGCUGGAACCUGCAGCUGCUGUCAGAGCAGAACGGACGUGUGGACCCUGUUGAUGAGCUGGUGGGGAUUCCUCUGGAGAACACGUCCAUACACACGCCUGGACCUGAGGCCAUGAGUCUGGCCGAGCUCAUGGCCCACCUGAACCGGGCCCAGCGCAGCGGGAUCUACCUGGAGUAUGACGAGCUUCGCAGAGAGCAGCCGCCUGGAACCUUCACCUGUGCGCUGGCUGCUCACAACCAGGAGCGGAAUCGCUAUGGUGACGUGCUGUGUCUCGAUCAGACUCGAGUGCGACUCAAAGCGAGGAGAAACGAGAGAUCAGACUACAUAAAUGCCAGCUUCAUGGAUGGAUACAAACAGAAAAAUGCAUAUAUUGGGACACAGGGUCCACUGGAGAAAACCUACGGAGAUUUCUGGAGAAUGGUGUGGGAGCAAAGUGUGCUUGUCAUCGUCAUGACAACAAGGACGGAUGAGGGCGGCCGGAGGAAGUGUGGACAGUACUGGCCCCAGGAGGAGGGUGGUCAGGAGGUGUACGGGCACAUCGCUGUGGUCAAUCACAGAGUGGACAACCAUGCGCAUUACAACCAAACCACACUUGAGCUGCACAACACAGAGACGUUUGAACAGAGACAAGUGACUCAUUUUCAGUUCCUCAGCUGGCCUGAUUACGGGGUCCCGUCCUCCGCACUGUCUCUGAUUGGCUUCCUGGGUGCCGUGAAGCAGCAGCAGCAGUGGGCGGUCCAGGCUUUCGGCUCACAGUGGAGAGGUCAUCCGCUCGGCCCGCCAAUGGUGGUCCACUGCAGCGCUGGCAUCGGCAGGACCGGUACAUUUUGUGCGCUGGAUAUCUGUCUGUCGCAGCUGCAGGAUGUCGGGACCCUUAACAUUUGCCAGACGGUCCGACGGAUGAGAGCGCAGCGUGCCUUCAGCAUCCAAACACCCGAGCAGUACUAUUUCUGCCACACCGCGAUCCUAGAGCACGCCCAGAGACAGGGCCUGCUUUCAGCCAAUCAGUGAGCAGCAGGGCCCACUCGUAGCCAAUCAGAGACCGAAAAGGCCUAAUCUUAUCCAAUCAGUAAAGAGAUAAGGCCUGCUCUCAUCCAAUCAUAAGACAGGGCUCGUUUUUGGUUGAUCAGCGACUCUAAGACAAGAUGAUUCCCAAUCAAAAUCACUGGGUUUUUGAUUAAUCUGUCACUAUUAAAAGAAUGGCAGCAUAAACCGUAACCAUAAAUGACUCUGUUUGAAGGGGGUGUCUAAAUGUUCAGUGAUCCAGCUGUAGUGUACUCUAUGUAAUGUUGUGCUGCAUUUUGUGCAGUUUACUCUGUGAAUUUCACAUGAAGCUUCAAAUCAACCAUGCUCAAAUGGGAUUCAGGACCGAACAUACAAUUUCUAAUAUUUGGUGUCAUUUUUUUCACACUGUAAGUGUUUUUAUUGAAUGACACCUCAGACCAACAGUCUGACAUCACGUUUUGAAGGGUUAAUUCACCCAAAAAUGUAAAUUCUGUCUUUAUUUACCCUCAUGUCGUUUCACAUCCGUUUUUACUUGCUGCAAAGAUGCAAAAAAAGAUGCAAAAGUAUCACAGAAUGAUCCCAUGCGACGUGUCGUAUAUAAGAAGUGUUCUGAGAGUGUAUGAUAGGGUUUGGUGAAACACAAACCGAAAUGUAAUGUUAUUUAACGAAAAUCCUGACCUUGGCCGUUGAUCUUCUGUGCAUGGCUAUGCGACGUGCGCUUUCAUGAGACUCUAUUAGCACCUCAGUUCACUCCGACUUGCCUAGAAAAAGCACACAAGUUGUGAGAAAUCGAGUUUAAUAAAUACGCGACAUGAAAUACAAUGCCUAGAAAUCCCCAAAAAAGUAUCUGUAUAUUUUCCUAAGUGAGUUAAAUAUCUCCGUUUGUCUGAUGACUGUCAGAAUGACAGUUGACAGAUGUGAAGAACGCGAUAACUUCUUGUUACACAAGGAUUGUAGUAAAGUUGGAGUAAACUGCAAGUCUCAUGAACACGCAGUCGAGCGCAGAAGAGGAUUUUUAUUAAAUAAUACAUUAAAUUUCAUAUCGUAUACCCCCAGAACACUUGGAAUAUACGGCACGUGUCACAUGGGAUCAUUCUGUGAUACUUUUGCGUCUUUUUUUAAAAGUUUGAUGCUGGUCGCUAUUCACUGCCAUUAUAUGCACGAGUGCACGACGUUUUUUUAAAAAAUUUCCCCGAUAGCCUCGUGGGCAGCACGCCCACAUAUAGCACCGUUGCGCUUCGGGCGACCCGAGUUCGUGUCUUGGCUCGAGGACCCUUCCUGAUCCCGCCCCCCUCUCUCUCUCUCCCACUUCACUUCCUGUCUGCUUACUGUCCUGUCAUAAUAAAGGCAAAAAUGCCAAAAAUAAGUCUUUUUUUUAAAAAUGAGUAAAUGAUGUCGGUGCCGAUAGCCUCGUGGGCAGCACGCCGACAUAUAGCACCGUUGCGCUUCAGGCGACCCGAGUUCGAGUCUUGACUCGAGGACCCUUCCCGAUCCCGCCCCCCUCUCUCUCUCUCUCUCUCUCUCUCCCACUUCACUUCCUGUCUGCUUACUGUCCUGUCAUAAUAAAGGCAAAAAUGCCAAAAAUAAGUCUUUUUUUAAAAAGUGAGUAAAUGAUGACUUAAUUUUAGUGCCGUCAAACGAUUAAUCGCAUCCAAAAUAAAAGUUUGUGUUUACAUAAUAUAUGUGCGUGUACUGUGUAUAUUUAUUAUGUAUAUAUAAAUACACACUCAUGCAUGUAUAUAUUUAACAAAAAAUAUAUUAUAUUUAUUAAAGAUGCACCGAUAGCCAAUUAUUCAGCGUGAUAUCUGCCGAUACCGAUAGUUCGGGGGUUCUGCCUUUUAUACCUUCUUUUAAAUGAAUGAUCAUUUCAUUAUAAUUAAAAAUGAAUCAUUAUAUUUUUAAUUAUUAUAUUUUGAAAGGAAAGCAAAUAAAAACUUUAUUCUCUCCAUUUCAUCAACUUGUUUCAGAGUAACUGGUAUCAGUUAUAAACAUACUCAAAUUAAUAUUAACACACAUUAACUAAAUUCUGAAGAUUAAUAUUACUUAACUUUCUGAAUGUUAUUAAUUCAUAUAAUUACUAUUAAAAUUGAACAUCAAACUGGUUUCUUAGCAUUUUCUUUACACAAAGUACAAAUUCAGUGCAUUUUCCUGCCCUUUUUUGAUUGACAGGAUAUAUCGACUCUGACUUAUGGCUGUUUUUAAACUAACACAUACAUGUAUUUAUUUAAGAAAUAUUUACAUGUAUAUUUAUAUAUAAUUUAUAUUAUAUAUAAAUAUUAGAGAUUCACCGAUAUAUCUGCCAAUAAUCGGUAUCGGCCGAUAAAAGCAAAUAUUUAUAUAUAAAAUAUUUAUAUUUAUAUAUAAUAUACAUGUAAAUAUUUCUUAAAUAAAUACAUGUAUGUGUGUGUGUAUUUAUAUAUACAUAAUAAAUAUACACAGUACACACACACACAUACAUUAUGUAAACAAACUUUUAUUUUGGAUGCAAUUAAUCGUUUGACAGCACUACUUAAUUUUCAUUUUAGGAUGAACUAUCCCUUUAAUGAAAGAGAAUGGUGGUGGAUACUGUCAGUCUCUAAAAUUUACUAAAUAACACCAUGAAAAUAGUCAUGGAAUAAUUUUAUUGCUCCUUUAUUGCCUUUUUUGGAGCUUGACAGCGUCCGUCUCUAUUCACGGAGUCGUUAUAUGGAAAAGAGCAGUACAAACAUUCUGCUCCUUUUGUGUUCCACAGAAUAAAGUCAUACAGGUUUGAAAUGACAUGACGGCGAGUAAAUAAAAACAGAAUUUAUUUUUUGGAUGAACUAUUCAUUUGAAAAUGUUCAGUUUUAUACUCCUGUUCAACCCUUGGGAAACAUUCAUUGCACACUUUAGAUUUUUAUGUAUUUGCUGGAUUUGAAUGCAGAUUUAUUGUCUAAAUAUAUAGACAAUAUUUUGCCUGUCUGUAUUUUGUGUGUCAACUUUGGGAAAUGUCUCUGUAGUUUGUAAGACAUUUUUUGCAGUAGCAUCUGAAGAAUGGGAAACCAGAAAUGAUGGGUGGAUGAGGAAAAGUCUUCUUUUCUAGAGGUAAACCUCUAUAAUGCAACAAUUACUCAAUUGAUAUAGUCUUUAAUUAGUGUGGUGUAAAUGCGAGAUGGAUAUGUCGAGUCAUUUACGCUUUAUAAUAAUUCUGUCUGUUAAUAUUGUACUAAUAACCUGUUUAAAACAUCUAAAAGCUCCUGUAAAGUGCAUUUAGAAUCGCUUUUUAUUUUGUUGUGGGUUGAAAGUGUCUUUGCUACUGAAUUCAUAUUGAAUUUUCUUGUAGUGAAGCAUCUCUACACACCCCAAUGAUUCCAGGAUCUGCAGUCCUGCCUUGAUGGGCACAAAAUGUGACCAAUUUGUGUAUUUUUCUAUUAUAUCCACGCUUUGUGUCCUUACUUAUUACUCCCAAAUAUAUAUGUAAAUUAUAUUUUCUUUUAUAUCCAAUUUUUUCUUGUUUCUUAUGUCAAAAAACUAACCUGUAACGUCAAGCUUAUGAUUAUCAAUAAGUUUGCAGCGGUUCUGUUAGUGAUAAAGUGCUUUGAUAUGCAAUUAAAGAGCCUUAUUCCACAUGUACGUUUGGAUUGAGUGAAAUGUUUAUGUGAAAAGACUGUACAGAUGGCAUCCUCAAAAUAGACCUGUCCAAACUGCAAUGUCAUUUAAGCAAAACCAAAUCAAAUCCAUGUGUUUUAAAGUUUAUUAAAUGGAAAAACUAUA